AUGGGACUUGUUCUGCUUCACUCGAAAUUAAACGCUCAAUUCCAUGGGGUUAAAGACAGUCGCUAUGGUGAAUCAGUUGAGCAUUUCAGAGGUAUUCAAUAUGGUUCUAUUAGCCACCGGUUUGCAACACCGCAUCCUGUCGCAGACUUUGGCGGACAGGCGGUCGAUGCUACACGUUUUGGCCUCUCACCGAGAGCCAGUCCUUUGUGUCCACAAGUCGUUCUCGACACGGGCUAUCUUCUGCGGCUUCCCGGAGAGUCCGAUGAUGCUGAUCUGUCGUACGACGAGUUUUCUUGCCUCAAUCUUAAUGUUCACCGCCCGAGUCAUGCCUCUACAUAUGGGAAACUCCUUCCGGUUCUGAUAUGGAUUCACGGAGGCUCCCAAGUCAUGACGUUCACCCCAGCAUCGUCGCGAGUCUGCGACCCGACACGUAUCGUCGCACAAUCCAUAUCCUCAAAGAACCCAAUCAUAGUUAUCACUGUCAACUAUCGACUUAACGUGUUUGCGUUUGGAGAUUGGAAUUGUAUGAAAAACCUCGCCUUGCGGGACCAAAGGCUUGCAAUCGAAUGGGUGGUUCGAAACAUUGACGAGUUUAAUGGAGAUCCAGGAGAGCAGGGCAAACUCACAUUGGCUGGGGAGAGUGCCGGCGCCGUUUAUGUCCACGCUCAUACAUUCCUUGAUGCGCCAGUACAAAGCGCAAUUCUCGCUUCGGGGUCUCUGUUCCUGUCACCCCCAGCAGCCACAGAAACUGCCAAUCACAUGGUAAAGAGACUGUCAGAAGCUGCGUGGAAAAUAGCCAAAGUUUCGCUUCGUGACGCUCCUGUCGCAGUAUUGAUACAAGCACUGUCCGAUUGCAAUAUUACAUCCAUGUUCCUGCAAUCCGAACCAGGUCUAGAAGACUGGAAAACCCGCGACGAAAACGUUUCACGCUUGAUGAUUGGAGAUGUUGAGUACGAGUCUAUCCUUUGGAGAGAAGGAAUAGAGAUGAUGGCCGCAGAUGAUAUCGUUGGAUGUUUUAGUCAAGAGCAUCAUCACGGAGCCAAACUAAUGGAACUGUACAGAAUUAAUCCUUCGAGGCCGACACAGACCAAAAUAGGUGCGCUCGACUUUAUCAAUGAUGUAUGCUUUGCCCUUCCGGUGGAAAUGAUCGCCCAGAGGUGGAAGGCCAGGAAAGGCGAGGUUUACCGAUAUUUCCUCCGACAGUUUCUCAGAGAGUGUGGGUGUCGCUUUUCGGCAGAACUGGAUCGACUUUGCGAGUGGACAGUCGCCUUGGCCGACAGCGACUAG